UGGCUGCAUCCCUGCUCAGCAUCAGCCAUUCUGAGGAGAGACUGAGGACGGAGCAGACGCAGCGGAGGAUGCCAGGGUCCACACAGAGCUAAGGUGGACCAGAAGCUCACACUGGAUUGAUCGUGACGGGAUCCUCUUCUCUGGUGCCACGGUGAACUGGUUUUACUUCCGUCCAUCCGCCUGCAUCCUGUAAGGCGCCGCAUCAGCCGACCUGCGACAAAGCCAUCAAACAAUCAUUCACCAGGCCGCGUGACAACAGAGCCGACAUGGACCUGAGCACCUCUGACCUCGGCUGGGAAGAGUCCUCUGGCGCAGAGCCGCUCCUUCCUCUGGACCAGCUGGUCAACUCAGUCCGCAAUGAGACCGCGGCCCUCACCGUUUGGGGCGUGGCCCUGUGCGUGUCGGGGACCGUCAUCGCUGCUGAAAACGCCGUCGUCGUCACCACCAUCUUGGCCACCCCCUCCCUGCGCGCCCCCGUCUUCCUGCUGCUCGCGAGCCUGGGACUGGCCGACCUCCUGGCGGGGGUGGCGUUGGUCCUGCACUUCCUCUUCUGGUUCUGUACACGGCCCAGUGACUGGUCAGAGCUGGUGACCUCAGGACUUCUGGUGACAUCACUGACCGCCUCCCUGUGUAGCUUGAUGGGCGUGGCCCUGGACCGGUACCUGUCGUUAAGCCACGCCCUCACCUACGGCUCAGGUCAAUCGCGGCGCCGCGCCGCCCUCUUGCUGCUCCUGGUGUGGUUGGGCGCCUGCAUCAUCGGGGCGGGCCCUGCCAUGGGGUGGCACUGUCUGGAUGAGGCCAGUUCUUGCUCCGUAGCGCCCCCUCUGACUCGGACCUACCUGUCCCUGCUGUGCGGCGGCUUCCUAAUCGUGGUCAUGGUGACGCUGCAGCUAUACGCCGGCAUCUGCCGGGUGGCGCGGCGGCACGCGCAUGCAAUUGCCACGCAACGGCACUUUCUUCCCUCCAGCCAAUCAUAUGCAAGCAAACACAGCAGUGGGCGGGGCUUCUCCAGGUUGAUCUUGGUCCUGAGCGUGUUCGUGGGCUGCUGGAUGCCGUUCUCACUGUGGGGGCUGCUGGGGGACGCCUCCAGCCCGCCGCUCUACACAUAUGCCACGCUGGUGCCGGCGGCCGGCAGCUCCCUGCUCAACCCCAUCCUCUACAGUCUGAGGAACAAGGACAUUCGGAAGGUUCUGCUGCAGGCGUGCUGUCCACACAGAUGCGCCAACAGCACACACAGCCACUACCCCGUCGACGUCUAGGCUGCCGGGACAAACCACGCCAGACGUGUCAGUUUGCCAAGGCCACGUCCCAACUCAUCCCCCCCCGCCCCCACAAAGAGGAGCAGGACUGCAAAUCAGAAUGUACCGGACUGUCCCGACUGGCUGCCGUCAGUUGCCAAAAUGACUCAAUGUACUGUCUUGUGAACUUUUGUGCCUCAUUCCUCAGACAAUUGUAGCUUCACUGGACCACAAUCACAACAUAUCUUCACUUUAGCAACGGAGAUGAUGAACUCGCACUUUGAGAAGACGAAGGCCUGAUGUUUGAUCCAAAGCCAAAUUCUAUUUACUUGAGUGUCUAAAAAACACAAUGUGAUGCUGAGAAUCUAUUUGCACAUGCUGUAAAAGGCACUUUGAAAAUGGUACUGACCAGAUGUUAGUGUUGCACAACCUUUUUUACAACAAAUGAAUAUUUUAUA